AUGUCAUCAUCAAUUUUAACAAUUUUAGGAGAUAUUGGUAAUAUAUUUAUUGUAAUUAUUUUUCUUCGACAUAGACAAAAUGGAUGUGCAAUUUAUUUAAUAAGUGCAGCUAUAUUAAAUUCUGUUUAUAUAACAUUUAAUCGUUUUGUUCAAUAUUUUCCUUUUUAUUAUUCUGAUGAAACAUUACGUGCAUUUAUUUUAUGUAAAAUACGUCUUUAUCUUCCAAGUAUCAUUGGACAAUUAGCUAAAACAAUGAUUGUUUGCGCAUGUAUUGAUCAUUUUAUGAUUACAACUAACCGUGUGACUGUUCGAGCAUUUAAAUCAUUGAUUAGCGAUUGUACGAUGUUAAAUAAAAGUGUUCAAUAUUUACAAACUGAAAAUUUUCUACUUUUUCUUGCAUUUUUAUUCUUAACUAUUAAUAGUUUUUCACCUUUUUUUAUUUAUUUAACUUUAUCAAAACCAUUUCGUGAAGAUUUAAAACAAUUAAUUAUAUGUGUUUAUCGACAAUUGAGAAGGCCUCCUCCCAUUCGAAGUAUUCAUAGAACAAAUGAAGCAUUAGUACGAGACACUCGACUUUAA